AGUGGCUCCAGCAGACGUAGGAUGUUUCCUGGGGCUGACUAUUGGACGACCCAACUUUUGACAUGCGCACUGACGCUGUGGUGUAGUUCCGGUGACGUCACUCCAUCCUACAACGGAAGUAAAGCCGGACGUUCUUCUAUUGGCUGUCUCAACCACUUCCUCGGCUGCCAGGCUGUCUUCAACGGCGUCAACCAAUCAGAUUGUAGGACCAUGGAGGAGAGUCUCAACUGUUUCUCUCAGGGGGACGGCGGCUGUGACCUGAUCAAGGAGGCCAGUCGGCUCACCAGCCCCCCCACGGGCAGUCGACCCACCAGCCCGGGGCCGAGCCCCUCCACCGCCCCCAGCCCGUCCAGAGGCACGCCCCCACUGCCCCAGGACACACGACAAGAGCAUCAGAGCUUGCUGGAGCUUGUCAAUGACGUGGCCAUACUCAAGUCAGAGUAUCAAGAAUUAUGUCCCACCAGCAAUGAUGUCAGGGAAGUGCCAGACUUGUGGGCGGUGCUUGCUUUUAUUUUUGUCCCCCUCGUCUACAACUUGACCUGCCGUUAACUGUCGAGUCAUUUGUCUCAA